AUUAACAUGAAAAGAGAGAGAAAUGGCAUCCACUUCUGCUGUUUCAAUGGCACUUCCAUUAACUUCCCCGAGCCACAAGAGGCAACCUCCAAGCUCUGACGCCUUCAUCAAGCCUUUACCGGUGAGGAGGCCAUCGAAGGCUAUAGCCAAGACACCAUCAAGAGCCAAUGCAAAGCUUGCAGUUCAAGCAUCACUGAACGAGAAGGCUAUCACAGGAUUGACAGCCGCUGCUUUAACAGCUUCUAUGGUGAUUCCAGAGGUGGCUGAAGCUGCUGUAUCUCCUUCUCUAAAGAACUUCUUGCUCAGUAUUGUCGCUGGAGGAGUGGUGCUUGUUGUCAUAAUUGUGGCUGUCAUCGGAGUUGCCAACUUCGACCCUGUCAAGAGAAGCUGAGAGGACUGAGAGACGCAGAAACUAUGAUUUCAAAAAGAUGUUCUUUUUUCUCUUCAUCUCUUUGUCUUCUAUGUUGUUUAGUAAUUUUUUUGCAACUUUUUGAAACUCUGUUUUGUUCAUGUGGGUAAUCGGUAACUUCUAAACUCUGUUUUUA